AUGGAGUCAGCAAACGAUAAGGAUUCGAUUUCUCUGAUAACAAAAGAGAACAGUGAGAAUUUAAAAGAGCCUGAAAAAGAAAGCAAGCCAAUAGAAAACCCCCCAGAAAAUGAUAUAAGCUCUCAAAUAAGCAGUGUUCCUAAUGAUCUCGUCAGCAAGCCCAAAGAAACAGAAACCGCUUUACAUGCUAUAGACACCUUAAGAAAAAACACAGCUGAGAUUUUGAGUAGACCAAACAAUCCAGAAUUAGAAAAAGAUUUCAGGACAGCUUGCUCAGCAAUUCAGACCAAUUCUAGUCUUAAUGAUCCACCUCUAAUGCAAGCUUACCAAGAUUAUCUUAAUGCUUAUCAGCAAAAGACAUCUCUUUAUAGCAUUAUAGAUCAAGAUGACGGAGCUGCUUUGAAAAUUUUUAACACUGAAACUGAAACCCAAGAAGUCAAGACCUUGCAGACUUCAGCAAAACUAGACAGAGGCACUUGCAUAACUCAGCUUCCAAAUGGCAAGAUAUUCGGCUUUGGCAAUUUUUUAAUUUCUGGAAUUACAGUGUUAAUUGAUGGGAAUGGUGGAGUCGAAGAGCUGCCAUCUGGAACUCCUUGCGUGGCCUCAUCAUGCAUCUAUCUCAAUAACAGCAUUUAUUGUUUUGGAGGAAAAGGCUGGUCUGAUUGUUUAACUCUAUCUAGCAAAUUCGAUUUGGAUCAAAAUCAAUGAAUUCAAUUAACUCCAAUGUCACAACCGAUUUAUGGGUGCAGUAGUGUAUAGAGGUUUCCCUAGAUAGCCCUGUAAGGGCUGUGGAUUCUAGGCAGGGUCCUUUGGUUGGCGGAACAAUCCUACCAACGUACUGAGCUAGUUGGACCAACUGAAAAAUUCCGCCUAGAAUCCACAGCCUUGCAGGGCUAUCUAGGGGAAAAUUUUAUAAUAUUCAAUGAGAGUAUUUUGAUUUCUGGGUAUGAAAAUAGAAAUAUUUGGCAAUACUCAAUUGAUAUUGACUCUUUCUCAGUUAUUCCUUAUGAGUUUGGGUAUAAAGGAAAGAUCCUGAUAAAUGCAGAGAGACUAUACUUGAUUGAAUACCCUGGAUCAAUCUAUGAAAGCGAAAUUGGAAGCUACUUGAAUUGGAGACAGAUAGGAAAAUUUAAAACCAAAUACGAUCCUUAUCAAAUUUAUUACUCAUAUAAUAAAGGAGGAAUAUGGAUCUCAACUGUUUUGAAUUCGGUUGAAGAAUAUUUUUAUUUAAAUUUGGAUCAAAAAAUCAUCAUUGAGGCUGCUUACUAUCAUGAUUGUUUCUCACUUACUCUAUCCUCUCUGUAAAAAUUCUGUUCGAGGGUAAUUUUUUUUUUCAAAGGAUACAAAAAUUAUUUCGAAGAUUAAAAAUCCCAAUUCGCAAAAAUUGGAAAACAAAUAUUAAUUUAAUUUGUAAAAUUUAUGCUUUAAAACGCAAUUUGUUUAAAAUUAAACAGAAUUAGCUAGAGAUUUCACUAUAUUAAUCAAUUUUUUUCAUUAAAAUUUUUUGCCCAACAGGGGAAAAAAUAGGGAUUUUUCCAAUAGUUUUGUUUUGUCAGGAGGGGGGAGUUAGAAGAGUAGGUGAAAAGAUUGAAGCAAAAAAACGCAAUGACCCGAAUUUUAAGCUUGAUCCUUAUUAUCUAGAUAAAUGCAAUUUAAAAGAUACUGAUCUAUGCACUUUAGGAGAAAAUCUAGAAGGAAUACAACUAUUGGACGAAGAAAUCAAAUGCAAUCCAAACGACUUUUUCUUAUACAGUACUAAAGCCAAAUUUUUUAAUAAUUUAAAAUGACACCUAGAGGCAAUCAAAUGUUAUGACAAAGCAAUCAAACUCGAGUCAAACAACGUUAAAUUUUAUUUUAAUAAAGGUAAAGCUUUUUAUGGUUUAGGAAGAUAUCUAGAAGCACUCGAAUGCUAUGACGAAGCAAUAAAACUGAACCCAGGAAAAGCUGAUUUUUACUAUAAGAAAGGGCAAGCUUUAAAUGAAUUAGGAAGAUAUCUAGAAACAGUAGAAAGCUAUAACGAAGCAAUCAAAAGCAAUCCAUAUAAGAUCGAGUAUUAUAAUGAUAAAGCCAGAACUCUUUGCGUUUUAGAAAGAUAUCAAGAAGCAAUACAAUGCUAUGAUGAGAUGAUAAAUCGUGAACCUAAAAAUCCUUUGCAUUUCUGCAACCGAGGUAGAGCGUUUAAGAAUCUCAGACAAGAAGAAGCAGCUUUACAGGACUGGCCCUAG